AUGCCUGGAAGCACUUUUCCUCCUUUCCCGGACGAUGUUCAAACACACCCGCUCUUAAUUAUUGAUUACGAGCUCAUUAAGGCUGGAGACGUGGAGGAGGUAAAUCGACUGUGGGAGGCAGCGACAACCAUUGGAUUCUGGUAUUUAAAGAAUCACGGCGCAGACCAAGACGUCAGCGACAUGUUUGACAUGGGAGCUGAGACAAUGGCUCUGCCCCUCGAAGAACGUAUGAAGUUCGAGCAAGGAGACAAAGGACAAUCUUUUGGAUACAAGAAAGUAGGGGCUAAUGCGAUCGAUGCAACUGGCGCCUUGGACGCUGUUGAAUUCAUCAACGUCUCUAAAGAUGAUGCACUAGCAUAUCCACAGGUCGUUCACCGCACCUACCCAUCGACCGUAAAUGCUCGCAUGGAGAACACGAUCGCACCAUUUGUCCGCAAGGGUCUCGAGGUGACAUAUGUUAUGUUUAAUAUAUUCAAUGACAAGCUUGGACUGCCGGAAGGGACUUUGGAGAGACUACAUGACAUGGAGGAGCACAGUUGUAGCGAGACCAGAUGCAUUCACAGCCCCCCUACUGCGCAGGUCAAGAAAGCGAUGGAAAGGGCUGUAUUAGGUGCACAUACUGAUUUCGGCAGUCUGAGCUUCUUGCACAAUCGCCUCGGUGGCCUCCAAGUGCUCCCACCUGGUCAUGACGAGUGGUCCUACAUUCGACCUAUUCCUGGACAUGCGAUUUGCAAUGUUGGAGAUGCGUUGGCUCUUUUCAGUGGAGGCAUCCUUCAAUCCAACAUCCACCGCGUUGUUCCACCUCCCGGCGCACAGGCUGAAUACGAGCGGUGGUCCUUGGUUUUCUUUUCCCGUCCGGGCAACUCCAAAGUCCUCCGGGCUCUUGUCGAAUCCAGUCAUAUUAUUGCAGAGGCAGUGAAGAAGCAACUUGACAGAAACUUUGAGACUGGUUCCAGCGCUGUGGAGUGGUUCGCGAGAAGAAUCAGGAAUCAGAGGAUUAAUAACAGAACGGGACCAGAGACGUGGGCUGCAAGCCGAGGCACGGAGCACACUCCGACGGCGGCCUAG